UGAUGACGCAGCGAGCGGGAGAGGCGGGGCCAGCUGUUGGCGCUGUCAAGCCUCGCUCCGAGCGCGCGGGGGGCGGCGGAGAACAUCGAGGAGGUGCUGGCAGGAACCUGUCUGUUGCUGCACAACAAAAAUGUUUCACUUAAGGACUUGUGCUACUAAACUAAGGCCACUGACAGCCUCACAGACUGUUAAGACAGUUUCUCAGAACAAACCAGCAGCACCAAGGACGUUUCAACAGAUCAGGUGCUACAGUGCACCUGUUGCUGCUGAGCCAUUUUUGAGUGGGACUAGUUCAAAUUAUGUGGAGGAAAUGUACUAUGCUUGGUUGGAAAAUCCAAAAAGUGUACAUAAGUCAUGGGACAUAUUCUUUCGCAAUGCCAAUGCUGGAGCUGCUCCAGGUACUGCUUACCAAAGCCCCCCUCCAUUAAAUACCAGCCUAUCAACACUGACACAUGCACAGUCUUUGGUUCAAGCACAGCCAAAUGUAGAUAAGCUGGUGGAAGAUCAUCUUGCAGUCCAAUCACUUAUUAGGGCAUAUCAGAUUCGAGGGCAUCAUGUAGCCCAGCUCGACCCAUUGGGCAUCUUGGAUGCUGAUCUGGACUCUUCCAUUCCAGCCGAUAUUAUCAGUUCCGCAGACAAACUGGAUCUUGCUGUAUUCAAGGAGCGGCUGAGAGUGCUAACAGUAGGAGGGUUUUAUGGCCUAGAUGAAUCAGACCUUGACAAAGUCUUUCACUUGCCUACUACGACUUUCAUUGGAGGAAAUGAGUCUGCUCUUCCGCUUCGGGAAAUCAUCCGCCGUUUGGAGAUGGCUUACUGUCAGCACAUUGGAGUAGAAUUCAUGUUUAUUAAUGAUCUUGAGCAAUGUCAGUGGAUAAGACAGAAAUUUGAAACGCCUGGUGUCAUGCAGUUCUCUAAUGAGGAGAAGCGCACCCUGCUGGCCAGACUAGUGCGUUCAACCAGGUUUGAGGAGUUCCUGCACAGAAAGUGGUCUUCUGAGAAGCGGUUUGGUUUGGAAGGCUGUGAGGUUCUGAUUCCUGCUUUAAAGACAAUAAUUGACAAGUCAAGUGAGAAAGGAGUGGAUUAUGUUAUCAUGGGAAUGCCCCACAGAGGGCGUCUGAAUGUCCUUGCCAAUGUUAUCAGAAAAGAAUUGGAGCAAAUUUUCUGCCAGUUUGAUUCUAAACUAGAAGCUGCGGAUGAAGGUUCAGGGGAUGUAAAGUACCACUUGGGAAUGUAUCACCGAAGGAUUAACCGUGUCACUGACAGGACCAUCACUCUUUCACUGGUUGCAAAUCCUUCUCACUUGGAGGCUGCUGAUCCUGUUGUUCAGGGCAAAACAAAGGCGGAACAGUUUUACUGUGGGGACACUGAAGGGAAGAAAGUGAUGUCAAUCCUUUUGCAUGGAGAUGCUGCUUUUGCUGGUCAAGGGAUCGUUUACGAGACUUUCCAUUUGAGUGACCUGCCUUCCUAUACAACACAUGGGACAGUUCAUGUAGUGGUGAAUAACCAGAUUGGUUUCACUACUGAUCCUCGUAUGGCCCGUUCUUCUCCAUACCCAACUGAUGUGGCUCGUGUAGUUAAUGCACCCAUUUUCCAUGUCAAUGCUGAUGAUCCAGAGGCUGUGGUGUAUGUGUGCAAUGUGGCAGCUGAAUGGCGAAGUACUUUCCACAAAGAUGUAGUGGUGGAUCUGGUGUGCUACAGGCGAAAUGGGCAUAAUGAGAUGGAUGAGCCAAUGUUCACUCAGCCAUUGAUGUACAAGCAGAUCCGAAAGCAGAAGCCUGUGCUACAGAAGUAUGCUGAAACACUGAUUUCACAAGGAGUAGUAAAUCAGCCGGAAUAUGAGGAGGAAAUUUCCAAGUAUGACAAAAUCUGUGAAGAGGCUCAUGCCAGGUCCAAGGAUGAAAAAAUCCUUCACAUCAAGCAUUGGUUAGAUUCACCAUGGCCUGGUUUCUUCACUCUGGAUGGCCAACCUCGGAGCAUGACUUGUCCUUCUACUGGCUUGAAUGAAGAAGAUUUGGUCCAUAUAGGAAAGGUGGCCAGCUCAGUUCCUGUUGAAAAUUUUACCAUUCAUGGGGGUUUAAGUAGGAUUCUAAAAACACGUGGAGAGAUGGUUGCCAAUAGGACUGUAGACUGGGCCUUAGCAGAAUAUAUGGCAUUUGGCUCACUUCUUAAAGAAGGAAUCCAUAUUCGGCUGAGUGGACAAGAUGUUGAAAGAGGAACAUUCAGCCAUCGGCACCAUGUCUUGCAUGAUCAGAAUGUUGACAAGAGAACCUGUAUUCCCAUGAAUCAUCUGUGGCCAAAUCAAGCUCCUUAUACUGUCUGCAAUAGUUCUCUCUCAGAAUAUGGAGUCCUAGGAUUUGAGCUAGGCUUUGCGAUGGCCAGUCCCAAUGCUUUGGUGUUAUGGGAAGCUCAGUUUGGUGACUUCCACAAUACAGCUCAAUGUAUAAUUGACCAGUUCAUCUGCUCUGGGCAGGCCAAGUGGGUGAGGCAAAAUGGCAUUGUACUUCUUCUUCCCCAUGGCAUGGAGGGCAUGGGCCCUGAGCAUUCUUCUGCUCGACCAGAACGAUUCCUGCAAAUGUGCAAUGAUGAUCCAGAUGUCUUCCCGAAACUGGAUGACUUUGAUGUGCGCCAGCUCUACGACUGCAAUUGGAUUGUCGUGAACUGCUCCAGCCCAGCAAACUUUUUCCACGUUGUGCGGAGGCAAAUACUUCUCCCCUUCCGGAAACCACUGAUAGUCUUCACUCCAAAGUCAUUGUUGCGUCACCCCGAAGCUCGGUCCAGCUUUGACGAAAUGCUGCCAGGCACCCAUUUCCAUCGUGUCAUCCCGGACACUAGUCUGGCAGCGCAGAACCCAGAACAGGUCAAGCGAGUUCUCUUCUGCACUGGCAAAGUCUAUUAUGAACUCACUCGAGAGCGGAAGGCACGGAAUAUGGAAGCAGAUGUGGCCAUCACAAGGGUAGAGCAGCUGUCGCCAUUCCCUUUUGACCUCCUGCUGAAGGAAUUCCAUAAAUACCCCAAUGCAGACCUAGUUUGGUGUCAGGAAGAGCACAAAAACCAAGGAUAUUAUGAUUAUGUGAAGCCUAGACUCCGCACAACCAUUGACCGUGCAAAGCCAGUGUGGUACGCUGGCCGAGAACCUGCUGCUGCCCCAGCGACAGGCAACAAAAAAAAUCACUUGACCGAACUGCAGCGCUUGCUAGACACUGCCUUCAACCUCGACUCUUUCAAGGGCUUGUCUUAGAUCCACCUGGACCUGGUUCUCUCCCAGCACCCUGUGUUUGUGGUGUUUCUGUCUAUCACUUCCUUUCUGUGUCCUUAACUAUAGACCUUGUAAACUAACUUAAGGAGUCUGUUAUUAACCUCUCCUUGCUGUUAAAGAAGUACCCCAUCAACAAUCCCUGUCUGGAUAUUUGUGUUAAGUUUUCUGAGUGUUGCUGCAGCUCAAAUUUUCUGGAGCAGUGUGGGUUCACUCCUGCACAAACCCCUGGAGCAAUCCUGCUUUACUGCUCCAGGAUGAGAGCUUUGAAGGGACUAAUAUUUGCCUUCCAAAGGAACCUCUGGAGGGAAGCUAUGGUGGCUUUCAGUUAAUGCCUGAUUCUUGAUUUUAAUCCCAAAAUGAAUCUGGAGCUGGCACUGCUUUUGGGCCCAGCAAGUAGCGAGACAAAUUAUGAUUCUCAUCCCCCUUUCUGCUCAAGAUAGGUUUGAUCUGGUAUAACACUUGCACUGAACCUUUUUCCUUAAGCUCCACACCUCUGACACUGAAAAUCCUGGUUCACAGCCUGUUCUACUGCUGCCAUUUAGCAACUAGUAUUGUCUUUACUAAACAUACAGACACGGCUCCUUGAGGGAUUUUUUUUGGAAGCCUUGUUCCUUUUCAUGAAGGAAGCAGAGUAAUCUGCAAGGCACAGACUCAGUUUCUUGUUUUACAAAAUUGUAACUCUUACUAAUUCAAAUCACAUUCUGGAUGAGGACCUGUUGGAUAUUGGAAUCUAACACAUUUUUUUACAUAGUCUCCAUAGCCAUAACUAUAUGGGCCUUCAGCUUCACUUAGCUUUCAGCUCUGACUCUGCAUCUAGAAAAGAGUACACCUGAAAAUUACAAAAAUUCAUUGGGUUCUAAUGUCCCUUCUAAGAAAACGUAUAGAUGCUUAGCUCUUCUUUUGGCUCUGUAAUUCUAUAUCACCAGUAAAAGUUGCUUUUUUCUGUUCUGUCCCUUGAGCAGAAAGACAAUCUUUUUUUCCCCUCACAGUGUAUACCACCCAUUUUUCCCCAAAUUUCAGGCAAAGAUGGUCAACAUUUGCUUUACACUCAUUUAAUUUGGGGGGUAUAAUUCUUUCACAGCAUUUACUUGGGGGUUUAGCAAUGCUUUAAGAAGUACUUGUAUAUAUGGGAAUGACAGAUUUAAAAAGUCUGAAAAUCCACUUUUUGCCCAUAUAAUACUUUAAUUUGAAGAAACCUGGAUCAUAACUUGUGUCAUGCUAUUGAUAUACAGCCACAAGUAAUUUUUCAGUCAUGGUUUCUAUCAUGUGUAAGGUUUUCUGUGCACACAGAUACAUGGGUCAAUAGAUUGAUAUAUAUAUACACACCCCCACACACACACACAGUUUCUGAAAUACCAUUUAACCUAUGUUGUCUUAGUAUUAUGGGCAUAAACUGUAAACAGAGGUUAGAUCUUGUGCACUUUUGAUUGGAGAAACAACUCAUAUUGCCUCUUCACUGUACAAUUAAUGCCAUUGGUCUUUGCCAUUUCACUUCUGAUGAGUGAAAUCAGUUACACUUGAGGGCUUAAAACAAAGAAGUUGGGAAGUAAUUCCAAACAUCCAUUCUGUCAGUAUCUCCAACUUGGUUUGUCCUUGUCUUCUACCUUUUGGAGGUUUCCCAGGCACUGAGUUUCCUUGGCUUUUUCAGCACAUACUUUGCUAUAUAAAGGUAGUAGCAUUCUAAGAGUACUGAAGGGAUUCCACCUAAACCUGAAAGUUUCUACUUCUUAAUUGAAGCACGCAAUGGAAAAUUUAGAUUGGCUUUACUUGUGCCAAUGUUCCCUCUCAUCCACCUAAAGUCCAAAGCUCAAGAACCAUCACUGUUCAACAUGAGCACACAUAUCCUUUGUGGCAGGGACUAAUACUGUUGUUCAGCACCUUUUACCCAUUCGAGAACUGGUGGCUGCUCCCAGGUAAUGGGGUUGUAACUGCCAGCAGUUAAAUGUACCUCAGUGAUUUGGUUGAGGACAACAGCAAAAGACUUUCUUGGCCAAGGCUGUUCAUGUGGUAAAAUCCUGAAACCAGUAGUGCCUGCUUUGGACUUGAAAUGCAGCACAUGCAGUUUUGCUUUUUCUUCUAUGUAUGAACGGGUUCUGUACUGAUCUCCUAAGCUUCUAAAUGGCAUGGUUCUAUCCUAUGUCAGUGUUCCAUACCUACAUACAUGCAUACACAAAGGCUGUGCAUGCCUUGAAGAUCAUUUGGAAUGCCUCAGACCUUGCCCAAGCACAAUGCCUCGUUGCUGUUUAUUAAAUCCUCAUGUCUUUUUCAAGUUUCCACAUGUAAGUCUGAAACAAAGAUGUGGCUUCUUUAAGAGGAACAUUACCCUCAAUGAGUUGGAUGUACCUUUGUCAAGCUUGCCUAGAUGCCUGGAAAAAAAAAGAUAGGCAAUGUUAAGGAAUAGCAGAGAAGAGCUGUGUUCUUGCCAGUUCCAGAGCACUUCUGAAUUAUUUCAGACCAUGCACAGCCCAGAGAGAAUAAGAGAUUCCUGGUUGCUGCCUUCAGUGGGAUAUGCCCAACAUAGGUUCCAUCUGGUUAAAUUCUGGGCAUGGCCCAAAAGUGCAGCUUCUGUCAUGCCACCAUUUUUGUGUGCUGCCAGCCGUACUGAAAGAGUGAGCCAUCUUAUGAAUAAAGACUUUAUAUAUCUCUGCUGCUUUGCUAGUGGAAACAGCAUGUUCCAAGCAAUUCUGGCCAUUGAGACAGGUUUUGUCUGGUUACUCCAAAUGAUGGUGCAGUGUAUGUUCUUUUAGCUCUGCAAAAGAAGAAAGGGGGGGGGGGGAAAUGCUGGUGUGCCUAGCUUUUGCCAAAGCCAGAGACUGGUGAGGGAGAAGGUUUGACUGUUCUGGACCAGCUCUGUUCUGGAUCUCCUGUCACCUCACAGCCUGACUUAUUUAUUUUGGUUUUAAAAUAAAAUCAAACUGAGAUGUGUUUGGCUUAUACAAUAAAGCCUGAACUUCUGGCUAAA